AGUUGAAGAGCAGCUGAUGGUGGAGUAGCCGCGGGAGGAGGAAUGGCCGAGGCCGUGCCCGACACCCGGAGGCUGUUGGCUAAGCCGCAGAACCUCAAGGACGCCUACGGGCCCCCGAGCAACUUCCUGGAGAUCGACGUGAGCAACCCGCAGACGGUGGGGAUCGGGCGGUACCGCUACACCACCUACGAGGUCCGGAUAAAGACCAAUUUGCCAAUAUUCAAGCUGAAGGAAUCUUCAGUCAGGAGAAGAUACAGUGACUUUGAAUGGCUGAGAAAUGAACUGGAAAGGGAAAGCAAGGUUGUGGUGCCAGCAUUGCCUGGCAAAGCAAUAUUUCGCCAGCUGCCUUUUCGAGGAGAUGAUGGGAUCUUCGAUGAUUCUUUUAUAGAAGAACGAAAGCAAGGGCUUGAACAGUUUAUUAACAAAGUUGCUGGGCACCCUUUGGCACAGAAUGAGCGCUGUCUGCAUAUGUUUCUUCAAGAGGAAACAAUAGACAAAAACUACACACCAGCAAAAGUGAAGCUUGCAUAAACAGUGUAAAUGGACUAUAACGCUGAUCUGUCCAAAAAAAAAAAUCCUUCCAUGCCAACUGAGACUUCUGGGUUUUCGUUAAUCCUCAGAAUACCUUUCUGCCUGCUGAUGUUUCUGAAUAAUUAACAGAAUUUCAUCUCCGGUGCAGAUCACAGGCGAGAGAGACAGGCCUACGUUCAGGGUUAGGAGCAGCUUCUGUAGUUUUGACUUUGUGUUAGAAUGUUUGCUUCAUGUUGAUUCUGAAGGCUUACAUUUUGAGCAAAAGGAAGUCGUACACUAAUGUGCUCUUUCUAGUUUAUACACUAUUUUCUUUUGGCAGAAAUUACUGCUGCCAGAUGGACCUGUGGUUAUAAAUAAGCACUUCUGACCAUUGUAUCUAUUACUGCUGUUAUGAAAGAGUGGUAUUUUUUAGAAUGCAUGCUUUGUAAAGUGUAGUACAAGAAUCUAGCUGAGAUUAUCCAGACUUGGCAAGAUGUUUGGUCUGAUUUUUCAAGAGUGCAUGGUAUACAGGCAACCGAACACAAUCGCAUAGCAUUUAUGGAAUAUCUAUGGUAAAGCAGUCUGAUUAACUUUUCUCUCUUAUGUUUUGGACUGAGUAGGAAAAUUCUGUUACUUCUAUAUUCUUCCAUCUUUAAGUUCCCAGCCAUAACAUAUAUUUGUAGCUAUGGUCACUUGUCUAACUAAAAGAUGGACAUUUGGUCAAAAGUAACACCUGUUUAAAGAAAUUUGUUUAGUAUAUUUUUUUCUCUCCAUAUUCUUCAGCGAGCUUUUGUACUAAACCCUUCUGCACCUGUUUAUCGCACUUUGUUCAAUUUAAACUUUUUUGCCUGUAAAAGUUAUGUUUUCAAAUAAAGUUGACACCUUG